UGUGCAUUUCGAUAAAGUUUAGCGUUCGCUCUGAAUAUUGUCUUACCCUCCCUUUCGCGUUGCUUCAGCAGAUUUCGAUUGGUAGGUUUUCUCUGAACUAAUUGGAGUAUUUCACAAUGCCAUUCAUAUCGGAGGCUGCUAGCGCCAUUAAGAGCAGGUUCGGGUUCCAGGAUCAUUCCUUCGACUCUAUUUCGCUGGUUCAAAGAACUCCAGAUCUUCUGAAAUCUACUGCAAAAGAGAGUAUUGUACACAGCUCUGCAGUUCGAAGUUUUAACGACUUGGAUGAAGAUGGAAGUGGGGCCUGUAGCGCCGUAUCGUCAAGUCAAAGCUUCGAAUUCUGCGAGGAUCCUUCUUUCUGGAAGGAUCACAACGUGCAGGUUAUUAUCAGAAUCCGCCCCCUUAGCAAUACCGAACUCUCAUUGCAAGGGUACAACAAAUGCAUUAGGCAAGAGAGUUCUCAGGCAAUUACUUGGACUGGGCAUCCUGAGUCUCGAUUUACCUUUGAUCUUGUUGCAGAUGAGAACGUUAGCCAGGAGAAGCUUUUUAAAGUUGCUGGUUUGCCGAUGGUGGAAAAUUGUAUGGGAGGCUACAACAGCUGCAUGUUUGCUUAUGGCCAAACUGGAAGUGGGAAGACUCACACCAUGCUUGGAGACAUUGAGGGUGGUACUCGAAGACACAGUGUUAACUGCGGGAUGACACCACGAGUUUUUGAGCACUUAUUUUCUAGCAUUCAGAAGGAGAAAGAGGCGAGGAGAGAUGAGAAGUUAAAAUUUACAUGCAAAUGUUCCUUCUUGGAGAUAUACAAUGAACAGAUCCUUGAUCUUCUGGAACCAUCAUCGAACAAUUUGCAGAUGAGAGAAGACAGUAAGAAAGGAGUUUAUGUUGAAAAUCUCAAGGAAGUGGAGGUUGCAAGUGCUCGAGAUGUUAUUCAACAACUUAUCCAGGGUUCUGCAAACAGAAAGGUUGCUGCCACUAAUAUGAAUCGUGCUAGCAGUCGUUCUCAUAGUGUGUUUACUUGCAUCAUUGAAAGUAAGUGGGAAUCUCAAGGUGUGAAUCACCACCGGUUUGCUCGACUCAAUCUUGUAGAUUUGGCUGGAUCAGAGAGGCAAAAGAGCUCUGGUGCAGAAGGCGAACGUCUCAAGGAAGCUACUAAUAUCAAUAAGUCUCUUUCAACACUGGGCCUUGUAAUUAUGAACCUAGUAAGUAUAUCCAAUGGGAAGUCACUCCAUGUUCCUUACCGUGAUUCAAAGCUCACGUUUCUGCUUCAGGAUUCUCUCGGAGGGAAUUCCAAAACUACAAUAAUAGCAAAUAUUAGCCCCUCCAGUUGUUGUUCGUUGGAAACAUUAAGCACACUAAAGUUUGCUCAGCGCGCUAAAUUUAUUAAGAAUAAUGCCAUUGUAAAUGAGGAUGCAUCUGGAGAUGUUAUUGCCAUGAGAAUGCAAAUUCAACAACUAAAGAAAGAAGUAUCCCGUUUACGAGGUCUGGUUGGUGGAGGAGAAGCUCAGGAUAAUGACAUUUCGGUCAUUAACUUUCCAGGAUCUCCAGGAUCCUUCAAAUGGGAGGGAAACCAUGGAUUAUUUAGCCCAUUAACCUCCAGUAAAAAGAUAUCUCAGAAAAAAGACUAUGAAGUUGCACUCGUUGGGGCCUUUAGGAGGGAGAAGGACAAAGAGAUGGCAUUGCAGGCACUAAGAGCUGAAAAUCAAGCAGCCAUGCAACUUGCCAAACAAAGGGAAGAUGAGAUUCAAGGUCUCAAGAUGAGGCUUCGUUUUCGAGAAGCUGGAAUAAAGAGACUAGAAGCGAUUGCUUCUGGAAAGAUCUCUGCUGAGGCACACUUGCUGAAAGAGAAAGAGGAGCACUUGAAAGAAAUUGAGGUCUUGCGAGCACAGGUGGAUCGAAACCAAGAAGUGACUAGAUUUGCAAUGGAAAAUUUGCGAUUAAAAGAAGAAAUUAGAAGGUUGAAAUCAUUUUAUGAAGAGGGUGAAAGGGAAGUAAUGAAUGAACAGAUCAUGGUACUGGAAAACAAGUUGCUAGAAGCACUAGAUUGGAAACUAAUGCACGAAGCUGACAUGAAAACAAAUUCUGACUCGGUGAUGGAAGAGGCACAUGGUGAUGAGAAUCUUACUUCCAAAGAGGAGUUAGGACCAAAAUCACCUUUGCAGUCUUCUACUCGUGAGGAAAAUGAGUUUCUCAAAAUGCAGGCUAUCCAAAGGCAAGAAGAAAUGGACUCAGUGUGCAAGAAGUUAGAAGUUUGCCUUGAAGAGAAAGCAAAGUUGGAAAGGCAAGUGGAUGAUUUGGCAACAAAACUUGAACAAGAGAAACUCCAAACCAUGGAAGAGGGAAACCGGGAAAUGGACCUUCCCCCAUCACCAAGCAAUAUGUCCAUCAUUAGCAUCAAUGAUCAAUUGGAAUUGAAAGCAAUGGUAGAUGCUAUUGCUGCUGCUAGUCAAAGAGAGGCAGAGGCUCAUGAGACAGCAAUUAUUUUAUCAAAGGAGAAUGAUGAGCUCAAGAUGAAGCUUAAAAUUUUGAUCGAGGAUAACAGCAAGCUAAUUGAAUUGUAUGAACAGGCUGCUGCUGAAAAUAAUAACAUAAUUGUUAAUAAAGCUGAGGAUGCUCAAGAAGAUGCUGCCCAGGUUAAUGGCGGCUGUUCUCCUGAAGGAGCAAGAGAAGAGGACACUGAGCCUGAGAUGAAAAGAGCAAUUGAGAAUCUGCAGCACCAAGUACUCGAAAUGAAUGAAGAAAAUGAAAAGUUGAUGAGCUUGUACGAAAGAGCCAUGCAAGAGAGGGACGAUCUUAAAAGAAUCCUUUCAUCUUGUGUCCAUGAAAGAGAUGAAUCCAGAAGGGAAAUGGAAUGCCCAGAAAAGCUGGUUGAAGUCGAUGAGGGAGAAAAAGAAUCGGGUAUGGAAACUGGUUUCCGGGGAAUGCAGGGUGGGAUUGACUGUAAAGGCUUGGUUACUUUGUCUGGUUCUAAUUUGUGUAUAGAGCGUGAUGACCACAAGGGGCAAAGUCAGAUCAGUGCCCAGCAAAAUAACUAUCGCGAAUCAGAUGAACUUCCUGGCCACGUCAAAGAAAGAGUUUUACUGGAGGAGAGUGCUUUAAUGAAGGAAUCUCGAGUGAAUCAUGAGGCCGAUGUUCCUGUCUGCUCUGACAUGGAUAUCGAAGUACUGACUGCGGAAGAGCUAUCACAGGAAUUAAAUUAUGCUAGAAAGAAACUUGAAAGAGUGGAAGAACAGAUUUCAGAUGUUGUCAGAACUCUGGCAGCGCUAGGCAGUGCUGAAAAGGCCACGAUCGAGGUGGAUAAGCUCUUCAAAGAAAUUGAAGUUAUAGAAAACGACAUCCAUAUUAAACAUCAGCAGAUAGAAUCCUUAAAACUCUUGCUAUCAGAAGCACAAGAAAGACGGACUCUAGUUGAUAAGAAGUUUUCUGCAGUUAAAUAUUCAUUGUCAAACUUUGUCUCAUCGUUUUCUUAUUUUGAGCAACGAGAAGUACAAGCAAGGGCCGUUGUAUGUGAAUUGACGAGAUGUCUUGACGAAAAGAGAGAGGAAUUGGCUUCUCUUCAGGCAUGCAAGCUUGGGGUAGAGAAUGCCAAAAAGAAAAACCAAGAAUCUGAAGCUGAACUGGUGGCAAACCUUGCAUUUACCAAAUCCCAAUUGGAGGAAGAGAACCGCAAGCGGGAGAGUGAAAAGGUUCUCUUUGCGAUUGAUAACAUUCAGAACAUGGACUCUUCACAGAAAAACUGGCAUCUGAUUGGUAAAGCUACUGACUUACUGAGGUCAGAGGAAGAAACAACCAAGCUGCAAGCAGCGACGAAGCUGUCUCAGGAAAAGCUUGGCAUCACAAGAAAGGAACUAGGAAAUCUAAAUAAAAAGCACGCAACCUUGGAGGGGCAGAUACAAGCUGUUCAAAUGGAAAUACAGGAAGUUUUGAGGAAAGCAGAGGAAAAGGAGCUAGCACUUCAGCGAGUGAUGAAUGAAAAGGAGAUGCUCUUGGAAUUUAGAAACAAUGGGAUGACGGAAAUAGAGUCCAUGAUCAUUGAGUUGCAGGAAUAUGUGUUUAAAUCAGAUUUGAAGCAGGCUGAGAUAAAGAUCCUGGAGGAAGAAUUACAGAUGGGGUCCAGAAGAAUCGAGGAGUUACAGACAGCUAGAGUCAUGGCUGCUAGUGAGAAAGCCAAUUUGCUGGCCUCAACAUCUAAUUCAUGCUUGUUUGAAAAGCUAGAGGAAGAAAUGCAAAAUGUAAGGGCGUCUGUCCUGGAGACAAAGUUGUUGCUGGAAGAAGGCAGUUCACAUGCUGCCUAAUGCGUCUAACUGUAUGACUGUUCCUUAUCCUCCACUUAAUUCACAACAUGUUCUGAUGUACCUCCGGUAUUAUGCCUAGGGUCGCAUUGACCCUUUCAUUAAUUUAUGCAACUGUAAACUAACCAAACUGCUGUUGGUUCAAUGUAAUUAAUCCCUUCUACGUUUUUUUGAGU